AUUACUUUUUAGAGUGAUGGAUUCGUCGGUGUGCCGCAUUUGCCUGGGCACUGGCGAAGACCAAGUCAACAUUUAUGAACGUACUGUUGGACAUGGAGUUUCCGUUGCGGCUAUGAUUUCGAAGUGCACCGGCCUUGAAGUUGAGAAGGGUGAUCGGUUGCCAGAGAACGUUUGCCCUCCCUGCCUGCAUGGACUUAAGGAUGCUUUUCAGCAUUUACUCGAAAAGGAAGUGCAUAGGGAGUCGGGUAUAGAGAGCCGUAUUAUAAACCUGGAUGCUACCGAAAUUAAGAAAGAAGUAGUCGUCGACUUGCGGCCGAAGGAGGUUCCAUUUGGAGACGAGUUUCAGUGCCAGGUGAAAAACGAGCCCCUCGUAGAAGACGUGAUCGAGGAAGAAUCCUGUCCAGCUCCAGAGAGCGCCAUCGAUGCAUGCGACAUCCCAAUGAAGAUCGAGAUUGAGGAAAAUGAUUGGCAGAAACAUAAGGAUUGUGACGAUGAUGAAGAUUACGAGUCCGCCAAUGAUAAUGAUGAGAAUAAUAGCAUGCAUAAAUGCUCUUCUUGUCUGAAGAAUUACACAUCGAAAUCAGCUCUUAGAAACCAUUUCAAAAAACACUCUCGAGCUCGACCGUUUAAGUGUAGCCUGUGCUCGAAGACAUUUACACACAAUUGUUAUCUUAAGCGACACUUACUUAAGCACACAGGAGCAGGUGAAAUGCCCUUUAAGUGUUUCCUCUGCCCGCAAACCUUUCCAUACAAGUCAGGUCUUCAAAGCCAUAUUCGAAAACACUCAGAAGAACGAUCAUUCAAUUGUACGUACUGCUCGAAGCACUUUCAAACUCUAGGAAAUCUUCAGGCACACGUGCUAAGCCAUACAGGAGAAAGAAAGUACCAGUGUACCCACUGCGUGAAGACUUUUGCCCGGAAAGAAAUUCUUCAGCUGCACUUGCGAACGCACACAGGAGAAAGACCGUUCGAGUGCUCGCUCUGCCCAAAGACUUUUGUACAGAAGACAGCGCUUAAUAACCAUCUGCGGACCCACACAGGCGAAAAACCGUUUAAGUGCUCCCACUGUUCAAGGACCUUUGCCAGGAAUUCAAGUCUGGAGCUACACCGCCGAACACACACUGGCGAACAACCCUACAAAUGUACCCAAUGCUCAAAGAGUUUUGCACAACUCACUCACCUAAAUGUGCACUUGCGAACCCACACAGGAGAAAAACCGUACAAGUGUUCUAUCUGCCCGAAGAGCUAUUCUCACCAUGUCAGGCUUAAGGGUCACUUGCUAAGCCACAAUAGCUUCCUUAAGAACGGACCGUCUGCCCACUCCUUAGAAGUAUAAAUUAUGAGAGGAUUUAAACCUAUUUUGUAUGUAGAGUGGUCGUGAAUUCCCAUUCCUUGGGAUGAAACAUAAGAAUGGCAUCUAAGGAGUACAAACAGGGUCAAUGUGUUUACUUCUGUUCCAUCCUAGUACAAUUUAACUUAUAAAAAGGACACUAGUCAAGCAUCACAUACCUAUUGAGUAAUUUAUUAGAUAGGAUCAGACUGAAUAUUAUGAUAACUAUUUGGAAAAAAUUUAAACGAGUGCGCUAAGAUUAUACAAAGAUUAUUAUUUAUUUAUUAUAUUUGAAUUAGUGGCAACGAAUUUAGAAUUAUUUCUAUAGCACCUCUCAAUAUUUUCCAAUAUUCAUACAGGUACCAAUCCAUAAACGGCAACCACCUGAAUAUAAGCGACUACACAACAGCUAGAUAAAUAACCAAACUAAAAAGAAAAGAUUCAGCCCGAAUAAUCUACAGACAGCCCCUGUAACAGAAAGUCAAUGUCAAUGCACCAUAUCCCUUACGAAUGCACUGCAUUUAAUAACAACCGAAUCCAUAUACCCAAUAAAACUCUUACUCCACUCCUUUCCCGUCCUACGACCACCAAACUUCCUCAACUUCUCGAUUUCGUUGAGAAAUCGAACUUAUUAAAUUAUUAUCAAUUAUUAAGAUCAAUAUUAACUAAGAAGCGAAAAUCAAAAUGAAUGAAUUUUACCCUUACAAAUGAAGAACCGAAUAGUAAACUGAAACUGUUGCUUUAUUUUUUAACUUUAAGGUAGCAGUAUAUAAACAAAUAAAUAUUCAUUUAUUAUUUAA